AAGUGCGUCGUCAUACGGUCCAAUUAUUUGUGACAAGAAGGCGGUGCAUGUAGCUAGCUACUUAGCUGGCUACUUAACCAGCACAGAGUUAAAGCUGUAUCCCAAUGAUUUUUGAACAUUUAUACUUGUAGUUUGCUACAUGUAUUAACACUCGGUGGCUCGAUCAAAACUGGGAUAAUGACGGAAAUUGAGUGUAUCGCUCUGAAAAUUGGCAUGUUUCUGUUCUAUGCUGGUCCCGUCAGACCUACUACACAGACAACCACAGAGGAGAACGGGCUGGUGUGUUCGGGACCCAACAAUCAGAGCUACGUCUGUGAGUCGGGCCACUGCUGUGGAGUCUCCCACUGCUGCAGUCACUUCUACGAGCUGUGGUGGUUCUGGCUCGUCUGGGUGAUCAUCAUCCUCCUCAGCUUCUGCUGCAUUUGCCACCACCGCCGCAGCAAGCACCGUCUGCAGCAGCAACAGCGGCAGCACGAGAUCAACCUCAUCGCGUACCGUGAGGCCCGCAGCUACGCCAACCUGCCCUUUUACUUCAGGUUCCUGCCAAACUAUCUCCUGCCUGAGUACGAGGAGGUGGUGAACCGCCCCCCGACCCCUCCUCCCCCUUACUGUGCCUUGAACGGCGGCCAAUUGGCUGCCACCAGCCCUCUGAUGCCGGAGCAGCCCGUUGGACCCCUGCCUCCCCCGCAGACCAAUCCCGUCCUUGCGGUGUCGGACACGCGCUCUUCCAGGCCCAGCCUGGCGGAGCCCGACCCUCCGGUGGAGACGAGCCGCAAGGCGGAGGGCAAAGCGCACGCGUCCGUGGAGCGGCUGGCCUCGGACCCCGUCGCCUCCGCCCAGGACCCCGGCCAGGGGAAACCGGGGGACCCCGAAACGGAGCAGCUGACGGACUCGGGCCCCGAGGACAAGGACAAGGACAAGGACAAGGACGGGGCCGCUGGGCGGCACCGGCGCUUCACGGGGGACUCGGGGAUCGAGGUGUGCGUGUGCGUCGGGGAGCCAGGGGCCGAGGAACACAGGGAGCUGCUGGGGGAUUUCUGCCACGGCUGUGACUCCUGCAGCCGGCGCGCUGACCCCCCCGGGGCCGAGGAGCAGGCCCCGGAUAGGGGGCCGGACCACGGGGCCGCGCCCCUGCCACGGGCCCCAGUCAGCCUCCUCCUGCACACCAUCAGCGAGCAGGAGGGGUCUCACCAACCUGGCAACCCAGGCCCUCAGAGCUGAGUGCCAGCACACAAGAUUUAAAAGACUUUAGACGUUUUGACUUUUUAUUGUGUAUUUCUGAGUGACUGUGAGUGAUUGAGGGUGAGGCACAAAAUGUCUUCUCUGUGCCAGUGAAGACAGGCGUGUAAAGCUUGUUUGAAAGUGCUAUAUUGUCCCACAUUGUUAUCAGACUGUAUCUCUCUGCUUGGUCAUUAUUGCAGUGGGAAAGCAAAUAAGUGCAUUUACCAGUGGAUUCAAGUCUUGCAUUUACGUUUUGCACAUUGUACAGUACUGUGCAAAAGUCUUAGGCGCCUGUAGAACAUUUUUGUACAGCAAAGAUGCUUCAAGAAUAAUGAAAUGACAAGGUUCUCAAUAAACUCAGUGUACUUUUCCAAGCAUGUUGGCGAACUUGCCACAGUUCUUCUGCCGACUUUGGCUGUCUUCCUUGGUUCUGGCCCUCCAGGUAAUCCCAGACAGCCUCAGUCAAAUUAUCUCAAAAGUAGGCUAUUACUUCAUUUCAUACUUUCUUUAAUGAAAUACAUGAAAUGUCAUUUUUUGGAAAGUGAAUGGUUUGCUCAUUUCUACUGACACACUAAUGCAGAAAACAGAAACAUUGAAGACCAAAUAUAUAUUAUAUAAAAAAAUCUAGGGUGCCAAAGACUUUUGCAAAGAACUGUAGCUUAUCUGUCCUUUAGGAUCCUUUAGGGCUAAGAAAUAAAUCAAGUAGCAGUCUUGUAUCUAUGAUUGUGUCUUAAUCUACAUUAAGCUCUCUUAGUUUUUUGCAAGUGAAUACAAAAAAAAAACAUGUAUUGAUUGAAUAACCCACCUCAAGACACAGCCUAGUACUGUCAAGCAGUGAUUGUAUUCUUGAGUACAUAUCGAUUUUGAUGAAAAUGAGCUCCGCGUACUUUGUGUAUAUCCAUAAUUAAAAUGUUCAGUUUAAUACAAGGGAGAUGUUACAUUUGCUACAUUUGUUCAUUCACUGGGUAGAAAAAUGUUAUUGAGAGCUGUAGUGUGCCUUUGGUGAUGAAAUAGGUGCUUUAAGCUUCAGAUGAGUUUUUUUUUAGGUCAUUUCUGCACUCUCGUUUCAUUCUUAUUUAAGCUGAAAGCCGUUUGGUUUCUCUUGUGUCUUAAAUUGAAAAGUUGUGUGAGCAGGGGUGGGCUCUAGUGACCAUGAUAACAUAACAUUCUUUGUAAGAUUUUUGUCCCUCCGAUAUUUGUGACACGACAGAAUGUAAAGCAAAUCAUAUUAUUUGACUAAGCAUACAGUAUGUGCUGAAGUAUGGCAGGAAAUGUUCACUAGUCCUCUUCUGUAAGAGAUUUGGUUGGUGGUGGUGAUGGAGAACUCCACUACCUUGGGUUUGAUGUGUUGAUGGAGAUGUACUUUCAGCAUGACUGGUCUGUUUACUGGAGCGGAUCUGAUAACGGCCGUACCGGCAAGGUCACUUCGGCAACUAGCUUUUAUACAGAUAAAUAAAAUGGCCUUGCUUAAAAAGGCGCCUUCUAUAAACACCAGAAGAUGUAUGAGGAGUCAAGAUGACUUGACAUUGCACAUUGUAAUUCACCUGAAAAUUCUAAUUACAUUUUGAAAGUCUACAAAAGUAACAAAAAGGAAAUAUUAAUGGCGGCCGAAUGUUGGUUUCACAAUUAAACAUGACCCAUAUUUCAUCUCAAUCGGGCAAUGAUUUUUACCAACUUUUGCAACAAAGUUUAAUGAAUUAAUUCACAACGCAGCACUGCUCAUAUAAUUGUAAACACAAUCCUAAAGCACAGAAACUAAUUUGUAAUUUGUUUAACAUUUUCCACCACUGUGGGCCAGACAUUGCCCUGGCUGUGAGAACGUUGUCUGAACGUCAGUAUGAAAUUACAGGCUCCGGAAUAGCUCUCGGGCCACCAUUCAGCAUACGUAUCAUCUGUAGAACAGCUUUCCGUGUUAGUGUGCUACCUGAGCACAGGUUUUUCUAAAAUGUGAAGCCUCAUGAUUGUCAGUCUGUCGCACUGGAGGUCCUGUUCCUUUGUCGCCCCCCAGAGGCAUAGUCGUGAAGUGCAGGCAAUGUGUUUUCCAGGAUAACCAAGAACAAUGAAAGGCCUUCAGCAAUUUGCAGCAAAUCAGAUGCAGGAAAAACAUUGUCACUUUAAUGCAGUGAAGGGAAAGUAAGUACUGUUUCACUUAUUUGGUGUUAAAGUAUUAACAGAAUGUAAUACUUUUGAUGUCACUGUCAUGAGAUUGAACUUAUCUUUUCUCGAACUGGGGAAGUAUGUUUACUGGGUGUUGUCUCAUGAGGUCUACAGAUGUUCCUGAAAUGUUGUGUAUCUAUGCAUUUUAAGAUAUGAGUGGCAUACAAAGGAAGGUCUAUAUGUGAUAUUAUCUCUGUAUCAACUGUAUUCCAUCAUAUAUGCUCAUCUAGACUAGAUUGUGCUUUGUUUAUUAAUAGACAAAUUGUUUUUUACUUUCUUGCAAUUUGCACACUUCAUAUUAACCAAAAUAAGCUGUGUUCAUACCAGGAGUCACACUCUUUUGGUUUUAAUGAUUUGAAAAUGAGUUCUUUCUUAUUCAGGUAUUAAGUGACUCUUGCUUUGAUUAGUCUUUCAGCCAAAACGCAACUUGAAUCAUUCGAUCAUUUAUUUUUGAAGACCAAAAAAAGAAAAGCCUCUGUGUAGUUGAUGUUGUAAAGCGGGAUAAUAUUUUUGUGCCACUGAACCUGGAGCAGAGCUGCACGCAUCAGGCUAGUCCUCACUUUCCCAGUGGAGUUUGCAAGCUGAUGUCAGGUACUGCAUUUGCAUUUCUUAUUGUUUUGCAUAAAAGCCUUUCAUUAUGUAAUAUUUUUCUUUAAAAAAAACAUGAGCCAAAUCAAGGAAUAAUGGAAAUGUUCAAUAAAAAUAACAUAAACCCAAAACAUAAUUUCCUAUGUUGUGAAUUGUGUGCUAUUUGUUGUAGUGUGUCAAAUACGUUUCAGGACUUGGUAGAUAACUGUUAAUCCAUUUCUCUUGGUCAUCUGGAAAUGUGAA